GUGCAGCCUCAUAAUGAAUGAGAAACAAUGUGUUACAAAUCAUACAAACUAUAUAAAACAAAAAUUAAGCGCCAAGAGAGCUACUUACGAUGAGAUGAGAACGCGCGGAGAGAAAAUUUCCGUUUUAAUUAAACCAAUGCAUACACUGUACUCUCCGAGUCGACCCUCAUAAUUACCGAUGAUUAUCGCGACGCUGCCUUCGUUCUUUUACGACAUAUUCCCCUCGAUGCCGUUGCCUCGAUCGAUCGUAACGAAUCCUAAUUAUAGCCGCUGUUUGGCAAUCAAUUUCACCAUGUAACGAUCGCGAACAGCAUACGCGAGGUCAACACGCGCUUAAUUUCGCGUGGGGGGAGGGGUGGAGGAGAGAGGGGGAAGCACGCAUUGACAGUUAUUUCAGAUUGCAUGCGUAAUGUUGGAUCUGAGCCGACAUUGACACCUUUCGGAAUCCGUCGAUCUGUUGCCCAUGAUACACCUGGUCCAUAACUGUAUAGUCUAACUGUCUGUGAGUAGUCGCAUAGAUAAUCUGAAGCACGACAGCUAGUUUAUAUCAGACGCGUAUGCGAAAUUGGUUUUAACUUUUCACUGCAAAAGUACACCGCUUUUAGUGUAAAGUUUUUCCUCUGAUGUAUAUGACUUUCUUAUGUAAAAUUUGAAUUAUUUAAUACAAUUUAAAUAUAAAUUGCAUAAUGUCUUCUUCCUAAUUGAAAGAACGUCGUUAUAAAAACUGCGAAUAUAUCACGCGAAUUCGUCGAAACUAACAUCGUAUGCGAAUGACGAAGCUGUUUUCUCCAAGAACGUUGUUAAAAAGGCAGCGCGCGUACGGCCUUAAUGAAGAAAUGCGUGCAGUUUCACGGAAUGCCGGUGAAAUCCGAAGCAACAUAGACGUGCACGCAAUUUUUCUAUAUAUUCCCGUGAAUUACAGUUUCUGCUGCGGCUUUAGCGAUUUCUAGCUCGCGGGGUAAUGACCUUAACAUUAUCUAAUUAGCUUGAUUUACAUUUACAUGUGCAAACGUCAAAUCCUGAUUUUCCGAGUAGAAAGAAAACUUUCAUCGCUUAGUGCAUCGACCGAUACGCCAGCCUCGCGUUCGCAUAAUAUCGCGACAUCAAGGUCUAAAUUAUCGCUGUCUUAAUCAAUCGUUUUAUCUGCCACGCAUCGACGAGCUCAUUGUUCUUUGCAUUUUUCUUUUGUCCGAUCUCCGUCACUUUUACCGUUCCCAUGUAAAAAUACCAGCGUAUGUAAAAGUAACAGACUAACCCGGUCCCUAUUUUAAUUAUUCACGCACCGCAUAACGUUCGCAUAGAUUUGACGCAUCGCGACGUUAAUAGCAAGUACUACUCAGAAAAUCAGUUAAAAACCGACUGUGAUCCUAUAUUGUCCGAUCAAUUUUAAGAACUUUUCCUCUAAUAUCAUCACCAUCGUAUUUGAGUCAUUCCGGAAACCUUGAAUGACUCUCCUGCAAAAUUGUCAUUUUCUGCGAGAGCAGGAGGAUAUCAAAAUAAUCAUCCUGUCCGAGUUUUUUACAGUCGAGGAAGAAAUAGCGCCAAUUAUAUCAUCAGCUGUAAUAAUUCUUUCGUACUUGAAAAUAUUUCAUUGUGAUGAAUGAUUUUCCUUUUCAGAACGAAUGACAUCAACAGACAAUACGACAAACAAAGGAAUCUGCAAGUACAUUGGGUUGUGCAACAUCCGGAUAAAUCAUGUCGACCUUAGGAAUAUCCUGUUACGAGGAUGGGUUUCGAUUGGGUGGGCCGCCAUCGGAAUGCUCCCUCAGAAGCAAGGCGCAGAUCGACGCACUGUUCGAAGAUUCCAGAUCGAUCUGCAGUUCUACAUUGAGCGGCUGGUACGCCGGAUUGUCGGUCGUCAUCCCGACCAACCCCGACGACUCGAGCGCUGAAGAGCAGAAAAGGGUAAACAGCGCUGUCCAGGCGCGCAUCGAGGCAAUGUUCGCCUCGGUGGAGGCUGAAAGUGGAACGCCCGGUGAAUGCGCCGCCGCUAUCCUGCCGGUAAAAUAUAUGGGAGCUGCUCCGGUCGGUGGACGCGUGGCGAGUGUACGGGGUCUUCAGGAACCUCUUCGUCAGCUAUUGGAACGUAUAGAAGGGUGUGUCAGGGCCGAGUUGGAAAUCUCCAGACGUGGACUAACAUUCCGCACGAGCGACGUCUGUGAGAAGAAUAAUCCUUUUCGCAGGAUAGCGGUAUGGAGUGCUCUGAAGCUGAGAUGCAAGAGAAUACCAUCGGGCGACGUGCAUCACGCCUUCUUACCUUUAGUUGGCGAUCAGGAUCAAAGACACACCCAAACAUUGGAAAAUAAACACGCUGAUCUCUACAGAACAAUGCGCGGUUUAAGAAACGAAACAGAAUUAUAUCCUCCGAUCUUCGCCGUGGUGAUGCGACGACCUGGGGCUGCCAGACUCCUGGAAUGUCACGGAUUCGCCUGCGAAACCGAGGAAGAUGCUGUGGCGGCUGCGGCCACGUUGUAUCGCGCUCUUCUCGCCGAUCUGGACGCGAAUCGCCGACGACCACGUCACACGAACGGUGUCGGUUGCAUCAGUCUGGCCUCCGUUGCUUCCAGCGUCCGAGAACCCAGCCUCAGCAGCAGGAUUAAUUGUUUGCUGCCUCCGCCACCAAGACCGACUGCGCCUCAUCCUGUGAGACCACCCAGAACCAAAAAGAGUUCUAUGAGUAGCUCCGUUACUGAGGACGAAGGCACAAAAUCUAGUUUACAGAAGAUGCCGCGUAGAAAAAAAAAAAAUUCCGACGUAAAGGCGGAAGACAUUCUUGAGGCGCGUGGAAAAAGACGAGAUGUUAAGAACGAAAAAAGCAAAUUCGGACAGAGCAAUCGAGACAUUAUAUUGUCCAGAAACGAGGAAUUACAAAAUUCGAAGAACAAGACGUUUUCCACUAAGGAUCAAAAUUCCUUGAGAAUCGAAAUAGAAUCUGAAAAGCCUGAUGAAAUUUACAACAUUAAUGACACGAAUAGAAUCUACGAAAAGCAAUCCAACAAGUACGAGAAACUGUACAAACAGAACAAUCCGAAGAAGGAGCAGGCGGAUUUGAAAGACAUUUAUGAAACAAAUUAUGGAUCGUACAAUUUGAAUCGAGGGAACGCUGAUAAUUGCGAACGGCAAUCGUACUCUUCCAGAGCCGAUAGUAUUUUGAUGUAUGAUAAGGUCGAUAAGACCGGAAGAAAUGAGACAAAUUCUAGUUACAAGCAAACCGGUGGAAAGAAAGAAAGUACUUACAGUCCGCGCAUCGAAGACGAUGAUAAGAUCUAUAGUCUCGAAAAGGAGGAGAUUUACGUCAGCAAAAAUAAUAACAGGAAUAAUAAGAUGAAAAGUUCUCAGGAAGACAUUUUCUUUGCGAAGAACUUGAAAAAUAGCGAGCGCUGUCAGUCGCGUCAGGAACGUUCGGAUAGCACGACAAAACAGCAAAGACGCUCGCGAGAUCCAGAGAGGAUGUAUUCCGGCAAAAGGCUCAACAGAGUCGUCACUAUGGACAAACCGUUGAGGAAGGAGCAAUCGGAUCCCGUUUAUUCGCUGAGCAUACCAGAGUAUAGUCGCCCUCGGAGAAGAAGAAGCAGAGCGGGCAGCGAACCGCCCGUCAGUCAUUCAGAGAACAAACUCUUGCAAGAGAACGCGUUAAAGAGAUCGCAGAGCGACAUAGACGUGGACCGAGGCGAUCUAAUGACGAGAGUCGAGUUACCCAGAAGAGGGAGUUUCUUGACUUCCGGAAGUACUCGAAGAUCUAACAACAUCAAAGGUGGCACUCCCUUAGGAUUCACAGAACUGUUUGACGAGUUUAGAAAUCAGGAGGGUUUGACCAGUGUGGAUGAUAUCUUGGCGGCUAUUAUAGAUCCGGAAGGUAUGUCAUUCAACGAUUUGAAACCGCUCUACAAGGAAUUUUUACUGAAAUUGGCGGCAACCUUAACGCAAGACGAACUAUACCAGAGAUCCGCCAGCAUCAUGAGAAGACGUCGGAGACCGCAGAGACGAAGAUCGAAUCGUCGAUCUUGUUUAUUGGGCAAAGCCAUCAAGAGAUCGGUCUCGAGAUUGAAAGGCGGUCCCACGGAAUUCACUUCUGUGAUAUUUCCGGCGAGGAGAUUGAACGACAGCUUCGGCAGUAGUUCGUCGUGCGACGUCAGAAACAAUCAUCGAAAUCGAGUACUAGCGAGUAGACUCGGUAGGAGAAAAUCCUCGUGGAAGGCAACCAAGAACGGCGCGUGUCACACUACUUCGGAGGACAGCGAUACAUGUAGACGAUUGAAUCGUAACAUGGGUGCCACCGCAAACAGAAGCAGCAGCGGCUAUGUAAGCUGCAGCGAGUGUAGCUACGACUCCGAGUCAUGCACGUGCGUAUCGGCGGACAAGUGUUAUUGCUCGUUGUCUAGACGUAUACCAGCUACGUCGGUGCCUGGUAACACGGUGGUUUGCGCUUGCGAUACUGACAGUUGUUCCGAGAGCAAUAAGUGUUACUGUGCGAGGAAGCCGAUACAGUCGACCAUACUGGAGCAACUUAGACAGAAAGGUAUCGUGCCGUCGGAGAGCACUCUCAGCAGAGGAGAUAGUCCCGAGAGGAUCAGAAGCUCGAGAAUGACCAGCAGUCAUAGCUCAUCGCGCAACACCGAUUUUCUCAAGACCCGAUCAUCGCCGAUUUGCGGUAGUUCGGAUAAUUUGGCCUUAGAUUACGAUCUCUUCAGCCCAGGGAGAAAAUCUCAGCAGUCGUCCGGCAGCGAGAAAGUUCUCGUCGUUAGCGCUAGGGAUACCCAGGGCCGUUUGGUUUACGUCGGCGGCACGGAACGAGAUAAAAAGUAUUCUUCUCGCGGUAACGGGAGACCCGGAGCGCAUCACGAAGCACUCUCCAUCAAGAAAAGCGCAGAAAUCGCCGCGGUCUUUGGUGCAGGAGAAAAUAAUCGAAACUCGAGAAGGACUAGUAACGCGUCGAGUAUAAGAAGUUCGAUCAGUCUCGAAGCUGGAUUGGGCUACUUACCUUGACGAAAGCUUUCACAAAUUAUUUCCACGAAAAAGAAUCUCGAAUAUUUAAAAUAUUUGAUAUUAUAAUAUACACGCGUCUCGUACAGCUUGCCAUUCGUAUUAUCAUCGAAAAAGAAUCAGUCAUGAAAGUAUCGUGAUUCUAUUAGUCUUGUUUCAAUUUUCAAAUAUUAUAAGAUAUGCAACUACUUACUCGUACCUGUUUCAUUCUUAGUAUAUAAGUUACAGGAAAUAGAAACUAUUUAUGUGCUUUUAUUCCAAUUUCAAAGAUCUAUGAUUAUUUAUAUGCGAUAAAAACAUCAAGUUGAAUAUUUUUUGCUACGCUGGACCUGAUAGCUUA